AUGCUGUCAACGGGUCAAGCUUUUGCUGUGAAAAAAUUGCAUGAGAAUGAGGGAGUGGUUAGUGAGGAAGCUUUUGAAAGUGAGAUUAAUGUGUUGACAAGAGCUCGCCACCGAAAUAUCAUUAAGCUUUACGGAUUUUGUUCACAUACAAGACACUCAUAUUUGGUGUAUGAGUUCAUGGAAGAGGGGAGCUUGUUGAAGAUAUUGAGCGAUAAUGUUAAGGCAGUGGAGUUGGAGUGGACCAAGAGAAUAAACGUGGUGAAAGAUUUAGCCGAUGCUAUAUCAUACAUGCACCAUGAAUGUUGUCCAGCUAUAAUUCAUAGGGACAUAUCAACUAAGAAUGUUCUAUUGGACUAUGAUUACGAAGCUCACAUUUCUGACUUUGGUGCUGCUACAACGUUGGAUCUAGAGCCAUCGAAUUGGACUCCAUUUGCAGGAACCUUUGGCUUCUCUGGCCCGAAGCUCGCUUAUACAAUGGAAAUAAAUGAGAAGAUUGAAAGUGAUCAUGGGAAAGCAUCCAGGAGAUCUCAUAUCAUCUUUGUUACCAUCACCGUUACUGGAUUUCGAUGUUCUACUUAA